AUGCGUCUCUGUCCUGACAGCCUGGUCGACUCGCCUACACUGACAGUUGUGUUUCACUCCCCCAUCUGGCAUCGACAAGACGCAGCGCGCCUCAGAGAAAGAAACUGACGUGUUUUGCGCAUUUCCUGCACCAGUGUUUAGACGGUCGGAGGAGAAAGGGAGGUGUGCAGGAAACCAAGAACAUCAACGGCGAGAAAACAGCCUGGGAGUUUAAGGAGCAAACUGAAACCAAGUACAGCAACGGCAAGAAACCCGUCUGGGAGUAUAAGGAGCGAACAGAAACCAAGAAAACCACAACAGAGUCGACCUGCAACUAUACACUGCUUGAGCAAUUCACAAGUCGGGUAGUCGGUUUGGGAAACAUCCCAAAUACUCGGCGAGGAGGCAGCAGUCUCUAACAACGGUGGAAUACGAGUGUUUCCAAAGCCUAGUGGAGUUGCCGAGGAUAGUUUUGAUAGAUUUUGCUCUGUCGUGUUGCGGUUUGGGUAGGCUAUUGACAUUCCAACUGCUGCAUAGUCGUAUUUUUCCUUCAUAUAAGCUUAUCAAGACGUGUAUUUAUUCUAUUCAAAAGAAAGGAUUUGUCUGGUUGAACGCCAAAUGUGGAUUAUCAUUGGGAAAACCAAGACUGUUAGAGAGCAAAAACGAGACAAUUUACUCUCAUUAGACUGUUUCGGGAGGAGUGAUUUGCAUCCGAUUGGUAGUCUAUGUGUGUACUAGCGUGAGACGGGACAGCAUUUCCCCGUUACAUUUAAGUCUCAACCCAUUCAAACCGUGGUCUUCAUUUGAGGAUUCAAACGAUACAUAAAACUAGGAGAAAUUAUUUAUGACCAGUUGAAGUGUUUGGGUUAAAGGAAUUUAUUGUAAACAACCACUCUUCUUCCAAGUCAUAUUGAGGAGGAUUACAUCACCGCCAUGGUGGUUUUCAAUGGGUUAUUGAAGAUCAGGAUUUGUGAGGCGUUGGACUUGAAACCGACAGCUUGGUCUCUCAGACAUGCGGUUGGCCCAAAGACCCAGACUUUUCUCUUAGACACAUACAUUGCACUAAACGUGGAUGACUCGCGUGUGGGCCAAACUUCCACCAAACAGAAAACCAACAGCCCUGCGUGGAACGACGAAUUCGUUACGGAGGUGCAUAACGGAAGGAAAAUCGAACUGUCGGUGUUUCACGAUGCGCCAAUUGGAUAUGACGAUUUCGUGGCCAACUGCAUCAUACAGUUCGAAGAUAUAUUGCAGAACGGCAGUAAGCACUACGAGGAAUGGGUAGUUUGGAGAUCGCAUCCCUUGGAACAAAAUGUCAGUUUAGGGGUGUUGAUUGACUUGGAGCCUGAGGGGAAGGUGUACGUCAUCAUGGACCUGUCUGGAUCCUCUAGUGAAGCUCCAGGCUCCGGUGAGAAUGCUGAGGAGCGUGUGUUUCGGGAGCGCAUGCGGCCUAGGAAGAGGCAGGGUGCCGUACGAAGGAGGGUCCAUCAGGUCAACGGACACAAGUUCAUGGCCACCUACCUUCGGCAGCCUACCUACUGCUCCCACUGCAGAGACUUUAUAUGGGGUGUGAUUGGGAAACAGGGUUACCAGUGUCAAGUGUGCACGUGUGUAGUCCAUAAGCGCUGCCACGAGCUCAUCAUCACAAAAUGUGCUGGGAUGAAGAAAGACAAAGAGGACACUACACCAGAAGAGGUUGGAUCCCAGCGGUUCAGCGUUAAUAUGCCUCAUAAGUUUGGUAUUCACAACUUCAAAGUCCUAACCUUCUGUGACCACUGUGGAUCGCUACUGUGGGGCCUGCUCAGACAAGGGCUGCAAUGCAAAGUCUGUAAGGUGAAUGUACACAGACGCUGUGAAAGUAACGUGGCUCCUAACUGUGGGGUGGACGCGAGGGGCAUCGCCAAGGUUCUGUCUGACCUGGGGGUCACACCUGACAAGAUCUCCAGCAGUGCCCAGAGGAGGAAAAAGAUAACCCAAGAACCCCAGCAGCCGUUACCAUGUACAACCCAGGCAGAGGAGGACCGAUCCAAAUCAGCCCCCACCUCCCCAUGUGACCAAGACCUGAAAGAGUUGGAGAACAUACGCAAGGCGCUGUCGUUUGACCAACGUGGACAGGAACACAAGUCGGCCUCAUCCUCUUCUUCCAGCAAGGUGGCGGUGGGCUCAGAGGGGGGCGAGGCCCGGGAGAAUGGAGAGCUCAAGACUCUCCAGACCAAGAGGAUGACGCUGCAUAACUUCCUCUUCAUCAAGGUCCUGGGCAAAGGCAGCUUCGGAAAGGUGAUGCUGGCUGAGCUGAAAGGGACAGAUGAGGUGUAUGCUGUGAAGGUGUUGAAGAAAGACGUGAUCCUGCAGGAUGAUGAUGUGGACUGUACCCUGACAGAGAAACGCAUAUUGGCCCUGGCUAGGAAACACCCCUACCUGACCCAGCUCUUCUGCUGCUUCCAGACUAAGGACCGUCUGUUCUUUGUGAUGGAGUAUGUAAAUGGAGGAGACCUGAUGUUUCAGAUCCAGCGCUCCAGGAAGUUUGACGAGACGCGCUCUCGCUUCUAUGCCGCCGAAGUCACCUCUGCCCUCAUGUUUCUUCACCAACAUGGAGUAAUCUACAGAGAUCUGAAACUGGAUAACAUUCUGCUGGAUGCACAAGGCCACUGUAAACUGGCUGACUUUGGCAUGUGUAAGGAGGGGAUCCUCAAUGGAGUCACCACCACCACCUUCUGUGGGACCCCAGACUACAUCGCUCCGGAGAUCCUACAGGAGCUAGAAUAUGGCCCCUCUGUGGACUGGUGGGCUCUGGGGGUGCUUAUGUACGAGAUGAUGGCUGGCCAGCCCCCCUUUGAGGCCGACAAUGAGGAUGACCUGUUUGAGUCCAUUCUCCACGAUGAUGUCCUCUACCCAGUGUGGCUAAGCAAGGAGGCAGUCUCCAUCCUGAAAGCGUUCAUGACGAAGAGUCCAAACAAGCGUCUGGGCUGUGUUAUCACCCAGGGCUUGGAGGAGGCCAUCAAGGUUCAUCCCUUCUUCAAGGAGAUGGACUGGGUUCUGCUGGAGCAGAAGAGGGUCAAACCACCCUUCAAACCUCGCAUUAAAACCAAAAGGGACGUGAACAACUUUGACCAGGACUUCACUCGCGAGGAGCCUGUCCUCACGCCAGUAGAAGACGCCAUUAUUAAGCAGAUCAACCAAGACGAGUUCAAGGGUUUCUCCUACUUUGGAGGGGAGGAGAAUCUGUCCUAAGGCCUGCACACACACACACCAACACACACACACACACCAACACACAAACAAACACGUAUAGACACACAUACAUGCAGGAACACUGACAUACACACGAAUUUAAGAACACACAUACAAACAUACAUACAUACAUGCAAACCCAUGUAUUUUCUCCCAUGCAGACAUGCAGAAUUAUAAAAUACACACAGAGUAAAUGAUUACAUUCACACACUCAUAUAAUACUCCGGCCAUUAGGGCCUCAGAUUCGUACAACCUAACCAUUCGUACAACCAGACCAUCUACAGCGCUCUACCAGUAUCUGUCUGUAUGUCUGUCUGUCCAUCAGUGCAUGUUUUCUAAGUUACAAACCAAUGUAAUUCAUGAGUAGGUCAGAUAGGAAGCCCAUCUGCUUUAUUAUCAAGGUCCUAUUGGCUCAUCCAGAUCAGAGUGGUCGAUCAAACCACACUCCUUGUGGUGGAGGGUGGCCCUAGGAUUGGCCCCCUGACACUGAAUAUAGCCUGGCCCUUGUCCCACUGGCCCGGGCUGAUAACAGUGAUGAAAGCUCCUCACAAUCCAGCCCCAGAUUGUCACAAGGCCCUUUCCAGUGGACUAUGAAAUGUACAGGGAAUGUUUGUGUUACGGUGUCAACUUUCUGUGUAUAUAAGGAUUAAAAGGUCAGGGGUUAUGUGUGCUUUGGGCAGGGGUCUUGUUCGACAUGGUCUCCUUACAAUAGAUCAGACUUUCAACUGUUUCGUUAACCAUCCUAGUUCCUCAGUGAGUAUAUGAUACUGAAAUAAUUAUAUUAUUAUAUGAAUCUGUAAUUUCUUAAGCUGUCCUGUACAUUUUUCAUUGUACUAGAAUAUCCUCCUUCUCUGCCAUGUUUAAACUGGAUGUACUAGAAUAUCCUCCUCCUCUGCCAUGUUUAAACUGGAUGUACUAGAAUGUCCUCCUCCUCUGCCAUGUUUAAACUGAAUGUACUAGAAUGUCCUCCUCCUCUGCCAUGUUUAAACUGGAUGUACUAGAAUGUCCUCCUCUGCCAUGUUUAAAUGCAAAAAAAAACUAAUCCAUAGAACCAAUGAUUGUAUUUAAAAAAAGCUAAAAACCAAUUGGUUCACAGUGUCAAUAAAAAAGAGAAGCCUGUUUCAAAGUUUCCUCAAGAUCAAAACGA